AUGGCUAUCGCUAAGAUCUUCACGACGGCGCUGCUCGCCGGCCUCGUCGCCGCCCAAACCCUGACGAUCCCCACCCGCACUGGCUCCAUCAUCUCCCUGAGCCUACCCAGUCUGAUCUCCGGCUCCAAGGACUUUGGAAACAAGGAGUUCGAUCGCGGACGGGCUUGCGAGACCGACGUCCUGAGCAACGGCGGCGAGCCGGUGUUCAUCCUGGAAGACGGCGCGAGCAUCAGCAACGUCAUCAUUGGCCAAGGCCAGGUGGAGGGCAUCGAGUGCAGAGGUGCCUGCACGUUGAAGAAUGUCUGGUUCCGUCGCGGUUGUCAUUAUUCGAUUGUGCUCAGUGGCAACGGCAACGUCCUCGUGGAGGGCGGUGGCGCCAAGGCCGCCGAAAUCAUCUACCACAAGGGCCGCGGCAACGUCACUGUCAAGGACUUCACUGCCAUCGACUCGACAUACCUGUACCGCUCAUGUGGUAGCUGCAACAACAACGGAGGGCCGAGAAAUGUCGCGGUGAGCAACCUGAAGGCCAACAAUGUCAAACUGGUCGCCGGAAUCAACUCCAACUACGGAGACACGGCCUCUGUGACCGGCUCUUGCGGCACAGCUGUGGCCAAGGUUUGCCAGGAAUACAAGGGUGUCAAUAAGGGACUGGAGAGCCCCAAAGUUUCAACCACUGCCAAUUGCAAGGGCCAGCUAUCCCUUGGUGCCUGCUAA